AUGUCUUCGGCGAACCUCCCGGUGAUCGUUAUCGUUCCAGGUGCCUUCGGCACACCUCAAGGCUUCGAUAAAGUGCUACCGUAUCUGACCAAAGCCGGAUACGCAACACACCCAGGAUCAUACCCUAGUUGCAAUCCCUCUGAUCCGGCCAACGUGUCCUCUACUCAGGAUAUCGCUUUCUUGCGCGACAACGUAUUACUCCCUCUUUUGAACGAACAGGGUAAAGAUAUUGUCAUCAUCGCACACUCAUACGGGGGUGUUGUUGCAGGUGGCGCAGCAAAAGAACUUGCGAAGGAGACCAGAAGAGCCCAAGGUCAAACUACUGGCGUAAUCGGCCUUAUUUACGUGGCGGGCAACAUUACACUUGAUGGAGAAUCUCUCUUCAAUGCUGUAGGCGGCGCUUACCCUCCUUUUAUCAAAGUCGACAAGCCAUCUCAGGGGCUUGCUGUCAUCGAGCCGGCGAUGGAAAUUCUGUACAAUGACUGCGACCGUGCCCUUGAGUCAGAAUUGGAUAAGCUAAUGCAGCCACACGCACUCCGAGCUUUUGAAACACCCGCGACUGCCCCAGCCUGGGCGGAGAGUGCGUUUGAUGGUAGGAGGGCGUAUGUGCGUACACUGGACGACUGUUGUAACCCUUCAUCAUUGCAGGAUAUGUGGCUGGAGAAAUCCAAGGUCGAAUGGGAAGUUGUGGACUUUAAGACCGGACACAUGCCAUUCGUGAGCCAGCCUCAGGCUCUGGGGGAGCAGAUUACCAAGUUCAUUGAUGGCUUUAUUGCAAAGUAA